AAAAAAAAAAAAAAUAAAUAAAAAAAAUAAAUAAAUAGUUGUACAAAUAUAAAUUUCAGUAGAGAAAACAAAUAAUGCUGCUACAUAUACAGAAACCUAAAUGUAUCAAGCAACUCAAAUUGUCCUCAUUUGUCCACUGUCCACUGUCCACUGUCCACUCCUGAGAACACAUUACUCCAGUGUGAAUCAUGAAGGCAAAGUCUAUGGCCAGAUAGAAGUCCAACACAAACGUUAUGCAUGUCCUCCAGACUUUAUCCAUCUAGGUCACAGAUGUUACUACUUCAGUAGUGAAAUGGCUACAUGGCAUAGUGCUCACUUCAUGUGCAAGGAUCUUGGCAGCCAACUGGCUGAGUUAGAAACAAGGUGGGAGGAUAACAAUAUCCGAUCCUACCUCAAUCGCCCAGAGUUUGCACUCGCCAUUGCUGUCUACCUCCGAGUCAAGGACGUCAUCAUCCAUCUGUGCUUCCUCUGCUUCCACCGCUUCUACGGGAUCGUCCACAUCCUCUUCUGCACCUCUCAAUAGAUGGGUGGGUGGGAUUUACAACUGGUCUCGCAGACAGUGGCAGUGGGCAUCAUCAGCUACUGAGAUGUCUUACAAUGGCUUCCUCACUCAACAAUUUCCUCGCUCUACCCGCUGGCAGUGUGUCUACCUUUCCCCAAGCCUUGGUUAUCGCUGGAACCACCGAUUCUGCACCACCUCUAUGCACUACCUCUGUGAAACUACUGAGGUUAGGGUUUCAGAUGUUAGUGACUCAAAUGAACAAUGAAUAUAAAUAUGGUUUUCUUUAAUAAAAAAAAAGUUUUCUUGGUUUGUAAAAAAGUAUUUUUUUUUUAGAGUGUGAGCUGUUUUGUAUGUUCCUUUUAAAUAUCAGGAUGAACAUUAUUUUCAUCUACACUUUCUCACCAAAAAUCUAGCCAUAGGCCACUGAAAUUUUUCCCUUCUAAGUUUCUAGUAAAAUAUAUAUGAAAUCAAAUACACAACUCCAACACCAGCCAAAGUUGGCAUUAACAUGAUAAGUUAUCAUGAUAACAAUAUAUCAGUUAUCCAAUAAUAAUUUUCCCACAUUAUUAAUUCAUCAGUUUUGGUUGCAAACUAGAGAUAAUCAAUAAUUUUAGAUUUUAACUAAACAUGUUGAAAUCUUUAACCUUUCAUUAGUGAAAAGACAGGAUAAAUACUAAAUUUAAAGAUAUUUCUAAGAUUUUUAAAGUUUUCUAUAAUAAAGAUAAGAAUAAAGAUUUGUAUUUAUCAAUUUUCUUACUUUGAAGUACAUAUCAAUAUUGUUGUCACUAAUAUUAUAAGGAUUCUGGACUUAUCAAUUUCUCGGUCAUUAAUUAUAUCGAUUAUCGGUUAUUCUGAUCAAUUUAUCAGUUAUUGUGACAAUUUCUUUCUGAUACUGCAUCUAGCUAUGAUGAGCAGUGUAUAAAUUAAUAAAGAUCCCUUUUAGUCAAUAAUAAGUA